AUGGGAAAAAUCUUAUACACAUUUGUAGACUCAUUAGGAAAUGAUGAGUCACAACGAUUCUAUACAACGAAAGCAAAAUAUUAUAUUGCAGAAGGACAACGAUUAUUUAAAGAUCGACAACAACCACAUCUUCAAUCGUUUUAUUCAAAAAGUGCAGAAAUAUUUCCUAGACUUUGUGUUAAUAUGCAGCGUCUUUUAGACGCAAUGCUUGUUUUAUUCGAAAUGAGAAAAAAUAAAGAUUUGCAAUUUACACAAAUUGUUGAUCAAACAUUUGUUACAAAAGCAAAAUUUUACAUUGAGAAACAUUUGAUCUUUAACAAACAUCCUAAUGGUGAUAUUGUUAGUUAUGUUUCGUUAGAAACAUGUCAUAUUACUGCAAAUUUAUUCGACAAUUACUUGUUUAAGAC